AUGGAUGGCUCGAGGGAGACGAUCGCGGCCGUCGCGGGCCGCGGUCGAUUAUUAGCGGUCGACGCUAGCCAGCGGACGUUUAUAUAUCGCCAGAUCUCGAGGAUGACUGUCGCUGUGGAAGAGGAAGAUUUCUUUCAGGCUGAAGCCGAUGUUCUAUUCCUCGUGGAUAUGGUUCUCGCUCGUCCGCACGCUCGCUGGUGUCACCUGUCUCUCUGCGUCUGCAUCCAGCAGGUAAUUCUCGAGUCAAGCGCCUCGAACCGACGACUGGCGCUGGCAGUCGCUCCAGAAGUCGAGCGCGGUACGUCAGUUGGAAAGGUUUUGGCGGGAGAUGAGCCGAUGAUGGAACAUGAAUGGAGGUCCGCCUGGAAGCUCCAAAAAGAUGGCCGGUGGGCCAGCACAGCCAGCGCAUGGGGGCUGGCCUGCGAUUCAACGGCUCUGGGCUUAGCGCCUGGGGCUUAG